AUGUAUGAGUUUGGGUUGGACCUGAACACCUGCUGUAGGCUCUUCAUGGAUGAGUUUGGGUUGGACCUGAACACCUGCUGUAGGCUCUUCAUGGAUGAGUUUGGGUUGGACCUGAACACCUGCUGUAGGCUCUUCAUGGAUGAGUUUGGGUUGGACCUGAACACCUGCUGUAGGCUCUUCAUGGAUGAGUUUGGGUUGGACCUGAACACCUGCUGUAGGCUCUUCAUGGAUGAGUUUGGGUUGGACCUGAACACCUGCUGUAGGCUCUUCAUGGAUGAGUUUGGGUUGGACCUGAACACCUGCUGUAGGCUCUUCAUGGAUGAGUUUGGGUUGGACCUGAACACCUGCUGUAGGCUCUUCAUGGAUGAGUUUGGGUUGGACCUGAACACCUGCUGUAGGCUCUUCAUGGAUGAGUUUGGGUUGGACCUGAACACCUGCUGUAGGCUCUUCAUGGAUGAGUUUGGGUUGGACCUGAACACCUGCUGUAGGCUCUUCAUGGAUGAGUUUGGGUUGGACCUGAACACCUGCUGUAGGCUCUUCAUGGAUGAGUUUGGGCUGGACCUGGACACCUGCUGUAGGCUCUUCAUGGAUGAGUUUGGGCUGGACCUGAACACCUGCUGUAGGCUCUUCAUGGAUGAGUUUGGGUUGGACCUGGACACCUGCUGUAGGCUCUUCAUGGAUGAGUUUGGGUUGGACCUGAACACCUGCUGUAGGCUCUUCAUGGAUGAGUUUGGGUUGGACCUGAACACCUGCUGUAGGCUCUUCAUGGAUGAGUUUGGGUUGGACCUGAACACCUGCUGUAGGCUCUUCAUGGAUGAGUUUGGGUUGGACCUGAACACCUGCUGUAGGCUCUUCGUGGAUGAGUUUGGGUUGGACCUGAACACCUGCUGUAGGCUCUUCAUGGAUGAGUUUGGGUUGGACCUGAACACCUGCUGUAGGCUCUUCAUGGAUGAGUUUGGGUUGGACCUGAACACCUGCUGUAGGCUCUUCAUGGAUGAGUUUGGGUUGGACCUGAACACCUGCUGUAGGCUCUUCAUGGAUGAGUUUGGGUUGGACCUGAACACCUGCUGUAGGCUCUUCAUGGAUGAGUUUGGGUUGGACCUGAACACCUGCUGUAGGCUCUUCAUGGAUGAGUUUGGGUUGGACCUGAACACCUGCUGUAGGCUCUUCAUGGAUGAGUUUGGGUUGGACCUGAACACCUGCUGUAGGCUCUUCAUGGAUGAGUUUGGGUUGGACCUGGACACCUGCUGUAGGCUCUUCAUGGAUGAGUUUGGGUUGGACCUGAACACCUGCUGUAGGCUCUUCAUGGAUGAGUUUGGGUUGGACCUGAACACCUGCUGUAGGCUCUUCAUGGAUGAGUUUGGGUUGGACCUGAACACCUGCUGUAGGCUCUUCAUGGAUGAGUUUGGGUUGGACCUGAACACCUGCUGUAGGCUCUUCAUGGAUGAGUUUGGGUUGGACCUGAACACCUGCUGUAGGCUCUUCAUGGAUGAGUUUGGGUUGGACCUGAACACCUGCUGUAGGCUCUUCAUGGGUGAGUUUGGAUUGGACCUGAACACCUGCUGUAGGCUCUUCAUGGGUGAGUUUGGAUUGGACCUGAACACCUGCUGUAGGCUCUUCAUGGUCUGUUCCUCACCUCCUCCUCCUCCUCUUCACCUCCUCCUCCUCCUCUUCACCCCCUCCUCUUCACCUCCUCCUCCUCCUCUUCACCUCCUCCUCCUCUUCACCUCCUCCACCUCCUCUUCACCUCCUCCUCCUCCUCUUCACCUCCUCCUCCUCUUCACCUCCUCCUCCUCCUCUUCACCUCCUCCUCCUCCUCUUCACCCCCUCCUCUUCACCUCCCUCCUCCUCCUCUUCACCUCCUCCUCCUCCUCUUCACCUCCUCCUCCUCCUCUUCACCUCCUCCUCCUCCUCUUCACCUCCUCCUCCUCCUCUUCACCCCCCUCUCCUCCUCCUCUUCACCUCCUCCUCCUCCUCUUCACCCCCUCCUCCUCUUCACCUCCUCCUCCUCCUCUUCACCUCCUCCUCCUCCUCUUCACCCCCUCCUCCUCUUCACCUCCUCCUCCUCUUCACCUCCUCCUCCUCCUCUUCACCUCCUCCUCCUCCUCUUCCCCCUCCUCCUCCUCUUCACCUCCUCCUCCUCCUCUUCACCUCCUCCUCCUCCUCUUCACCUCCUCCUCCUCCUCUUCACCUCCUCCUCCUCCUCUUCACCUCCUCCUCCUCCUCUUCACCACCUCCUCCUCUUCACCUCCUCCUCCUCCUCUUCACCUCCUCCUCCUCCUCUUCACCACCUCCUCCUCCUCUUCACCUCCUCCUCCUCUUCACCCCCUCCUCCUCCUCUUCACCUCCUCUUCACCUCCUCCUCCUCCUCUUCACCUCCUCUUCACCCCCUCCUCCUCUUCACCUCCUCCUCCUAUUCACCCCCUCCUCCUCCUCUCCCCCUCCUCCUCCUCUUCACCUCCUCCUCCUCCUCUUCACCUCCUCCUCCUCCUCUUCACCUCCUCCUCCUCCUCUUCACCACCUCCUCCUCUUCACCUCCUCCUCUUCUCCUCCUCCUCUUCACCUCCUCCUCCUCCUCUUCACCUCCUCCUCCUCCUCACCCCUCCUCUUCACCUCCUCCUCCUCCUCUUCACCACCUCCUCCUCUUCACCUCCCCCUCCUCCUCUUCACCUCCUCCUCCUCUUCACCUCCUCCUCCUCCUCUUCACCACCUCCUCCUCUUCACCUCCUCCUCCUCCUCUUCACCUCCUCCUCCUCCUCUCCCCCUCCUCCUCCUCUUCACCUCCUCCUCCUCCUCUUCACCUCCUCCUCCUCCUCUUCACCUCCUCCUCCUCCUCUUCACCACCUCCUCCUCUUCACCUCCUCCUCCUCCUCUUCCCUCCUCCUCCUCUUCACCUCCUCCUCCUCCUCUUCACCACCUCCUCCUCCUCUUCACCUCCUCCUCCUCCUCUUCACCUCCUCCUCCUCCUCUUCACCUCCUCCUCCUCCUCUUCACCACCUCCUCCUCUUCACCUCCUCCUCCUCCUCUUCACCUCCUCCUCCUCCUCUUCACCUCCUCCUCCUCCUCUUCACCUCCUCCUCCUCCUCUUCACCCCCUCACUCUCAUGUAUAA